AUGUUCUCCUCCCCGACGCGCGGCGUCGCGCUCCUGCCGUUCAAGACGAAGCCGCCGAGACUCAGCGUCGUGCUCGUCGCCGUCGCGGUCGCGUUCGCCGCCGUGCACGUCGCGCGUGGCGCGCUCUCUAUCCUCCUGAACGACGAGUGGCCGCGCGGUCUGCGACGUCUCAGCGCGAGCUCUCGCGACUUUUUCUUCGACGCGACGUCUCGGACGUCGCGCGCGUCGCCGCCGCGGCUCGGCCCGCGGUGCGACGACGACGCGCGGUUCCCGGACACGCACUCGCCGAGCAUGACCGCGGCGGAGGUGCGCGCGAUGACGCGAUACGUCCGAGGCGAGCACGUCGUCGGCGCGGAAGCGGCGGCGACGACGCCCACGACAGUAGUCACGUCCGAAAGUCAUCGCAACGCGACGCGAGAGCGAAUAAACCGCUGGAACGACGGCGACGGGCCCGUGUACCUCGAGUGGGGCGUCGGCGGAUCCACGAGCGUCUUCGGCGUCCAGUCCUCGCGCGCGCACAGCGUCGAGCACGCGGAGGAGUGGUGCGAAAUCGUCCGCGGAUGGCCGGAGUUGCGAUGCAUGCGACGGUCGCGGCGGUGGCGUCUGCUGUGCCACGCGCCGCGGACGAAGCUCGCCAAGUGGGGCUACCCCGCCGCCGCCGACGACGACGCGUUCGAGGACGACAUGCGUCCGUACGUGCAAGCGCCCGGGACGUUCGGCGUGGACGCCUUCGACGUCGUGCUCAUCGACGGCCGGUACCGUAACGCGUGCGCGUACGCCGUCAUACCGUUCCUGCGCGACGACUCGAUCGUCGCGUGGCACGACUGGGACGACGCGUCGUGGCGGAGGCUGUUGGAAUUGGAAGACGCGGCGGCUGCUUCGAUCGCCGCCGGCGCGGCCGCCGCCGCGACCGCCGCGGAACCGCCGCCGUCGUGGCCGAGCGAGCGGCAGUACUGGCGCGCCGCGAGCGCGCUGUUCACGCCGAUCGAGAGGGUCGAUUCGCUCGUGUUCUUCCGAGUGAAGGACAUCGUGCGCGCGAGGAUGAAGCUCGUGGCGUGA